UGUUGGGAGCUGCACGUCACACCGUUAUCUUCCUUAUUGACGGGCCGUCAAUUGAACCGGUCAGCUGCCUUCAGCUCCUGCCGUCGCGUUCGAAGACUUACUCUCCGGUCAUCAUCUGCUCGCGCACGUUUCAGCGGCGUCCGUGUCGCGCGCGUUCUCGUAGCGAGAAAGGGAAUUGUUGAGGCAAACCUCUCGUUGAGGCACUUCUCCCGUUGUGUUGCGGCCAACGGUCCCCUCUCUCCUCGCGCCCGUCGCAAAUCGCCCUUUCCUCGCUUCACACAUAGCGCGCCACCUCGAGUCCUCCACUUGUCCGUCUCUGCUUCCCGCCUCAUAACAAAAUCCCAUCGUCGUCGUCGUCGCCGUCGUCGUCGCCGACGUCGUCAUCGUCGUCGUGCACCGCGCAUCCCUCAGCACUGUCAACUCUUGAACGUCUCGAAAUUCACACCGCAUCUCACCGCAUCAUACCACGAAUCUCCUUCCCUCCACCGUCGCUCGCGCUCAUGGCGGCGCAACCCCCCGGCGUGCACGUCACUGGCGUGAUCUUCGAUAUAAGAACGAUCGUGGACGCCCACGCGCUGGGGAGCGGCGCAACAGGCGGAGGGGCGACAGGCGGAGGGGUUUCAGAAGAUGCAGGAAAGGGAAGAGCAGACGCGGGGGUUGGGGUUGGGGGUGGGGGAAAGAGCAGCGGAGGCGCGGACAGAGGGUCGGCAGAGGGGAGGAGGGCAGACGCGGGCGGCGUUAAACUGCCCGGGAGAACGAUUCGCACGCUGUGCAGGCUGCACUAUAGCGGCGUGGGCAUGGGUGUAUUCUUCCACAGCAAUCACCGUGACAGGCUGGAACAACAGUUCCUGUCCCUGCAAGCGUCCCUGGCUGUCGACAAGGCCACCGCUCCCCUCGCCUCCUGCCUCACUCCCAUCUUCCUCCCCCUCACACCCUCCCCUCCCUCUGCUGCUGCUCCCACCACCACCACCGCCACUGCUGCUGCAGUAGCCAGCACCACCAUCCCUCCAGCUGCAGCAGAGUCAGAGUGUCCGCCUCCAGCCUCGACUAUUACUGCGUCUGCUGCCACACUCCCUCCUCUCUCUCUACUCUGGGACCCUUCUACUUCCUGCUCCACCUCUCCCUCCCCCGCUUCCCCGCGCUUUCCCCAGCCAACCAUGCUAGUGGCACUGCCAGGAGCGGCAGCAGGGGAGGUGCGCGUGGUGGCAGGCCCAACAGCUGCUACUCUCACCUCAACCCCAUCCCCAUCCCCAUCGCCAUCCUCCGCCUCACCCUCUCAUCUACAAUGGCAUCACUCCUCACUGCAAGGCGAGGCUCUAUUGCCCGAUAUGGAGCUCCUACCGGCCUUGAUUGCGCGGCUGAGCCAAGAGGCAUCAGGCCAUGUCAUCAUCCCCUACACCAUGAAGUGGUCCCGAGAACUCGACUUCCUCAAGCGCAGAGCAUUUCCCCUUCUUUCAUCAUCACCAUCACCAUUGCCAGAAGCACCAGGCCUCCUCUUCUCUCCCCUCGUCCUCUCACAACCGCUCACUGACACGAACAGACCCAACCAGAGCAGCAGCUAUUCACAGUUGCCAUUAACAUCGCCCUCGCGCCCCAGCACUGUGCUGCAUAAAGCAACGGACGAGAUCGUCCAAGUGGACGCAACGAUGGGCGGCGUUCAUCUCACCUUCUCGCCCCCCUUCCAGCAUCUGCUUGACCACUGCAGCAGCAGUGCAGGCAGCAUCAACAUCCUCGACCCGCUGCCCGCAGUCCUCCCGUUAACCGACCGUGUCAAAACGCUAUCGCUCCUCUCCGAUCUCCUCUCCCAGUCCACCACCACCUCCGAUGCUUCCCAGGGGUUCCAGUCUGAGCUGCCUUCAGCGGUCCUUCGGGUGCCGCGCUUUGUGCAGGUACCGGACAUAAGGGACACGGCAGCGGUGGUGGCAGCCAUGGCAGCAGCAGGGGUGCGGCUUCCAGUGAUUGUGAAGCCGAGGAUUGCAUGUGGUGCUGCUGCCAGCCAUGCCAUGGCAAUCGUCUUUUCCGCUGAUGCCUUUGCCACGCUGGCGUUACCAUCACCCUCAGUCAUCCAGGAGUACGUGGACCACGGCGCGUGCCAGUUCAAGUGCUACGUGCUUGGAGAGGCCUUCUUUGCAGCCGAGAGGCGCAGCACGCCCGAUGCUGCCCCGCUGCUGCAGCAGCAGGGAGAGACGCAGCAGCAACAGCCGCAGGGGGGAGGAGCAUCAGAGGCACCAGCUGCAAUUUCUUUUGACAGUCUCAAGUCCCUCCCCAUGGCCUUCCCAAGCCAACCCAGUGCCACUCCUCAGCCGCCCCUUCAGCAGCAGCAGGGAGUGACUAAGCCAGGCAUCCCUAGUGGUGCUGCCCAGGAGGGGAAAAGCCCCCUAGGAGCAGCGUUCAACGAGGGUGCGGCAUGCCAUGCAGCGGACUUGCUGCGCACUGCCCUCGGCCUCACACUCUUUGGCUUCGACAUCCUUGUGCAGAAGGGCACAGGGGAGCACGUGAUAGUGGACGUCAACUACUUCCCCUCCUUCAAGGACGUGCCGGACCACCUGGCCAUCCCUGCAUUCUGGGCGGCUUGCGCCUCACGCAUUGUGUGAUGUGAGCCCAAGGUCUUUUAGGUUAGGCGUCGCAGAAGUCGAGGUGCACUGGCCAAUGGCCAUCCCUGCGUUCUGGAGAGCCUGCGCGUCACAUCCCACUCUUGUAGAGUAGUGCUGUUAUGGUGGUACUGAACCGUAGGACAAGCAGCAAGCACUUGGAUGUUGGACCCCCCCCGGAACUUGGGGUCUAGGCAGAUGAAGCCAUGGGGGGGAGGGAAAGUAGGAGGGAGAGGGUGUUUCGAAUCGAUGGUGAUUAUCCUAUGAAGAUUAUCCUAUGAGGGAGAGGGAGUAAGAUUAUCCUAUGAAGUGUGUGCCCUCAUAAUCCUAUGCAUGUGAUUCCGAAGGUGGUGGUGGUGAAGAGCUGUGGCUGCAUAAGCUGGAGAUCAGGGUAGGUGUGUGAGUAAGACCCCCCUUGUCACUCUAGUGAGCCUCAGUUGUGGGGUUGGGGCUGGCUGUUUUUA